AAUCUGAAUCGUACAAUCAAAUAACAAAUACUACAUCUGUAAACUUAUAUGUAUCAUUUUAGAUCACUACUUUGAUUCAUCAUCCACUAAUUGCUAAAUCAUAUAGUAAGCUCCAGAUCAACUCAAAACUCUCUGUUACACGGGAGGACAAAUCACAGGAGAAGGUGGUUCCCCGGUGCCCUUUGGCGUCCAUGCCGGUGCACAUGCUUCAGAUGUGGCUUUUUUCUAGAACACGCACGCACUCAUAUAUACGCACAUACACUUAUUUCUAUGAACACACACGCAUACCUUACCCCUAUGAGAACCUUAGAGAGACUGAGCCGGCAUAUCAUCUUGAGAUUGAUGAAGUAACCACAGGCGCCUCGUAGUCGAUGGAAACGUCUCCUCCCACUAAACGCACAUCGUUGGAAAUUGUGAAAUAAGUUCAGGAAAGUGCGAGCACCAGGACUUGAACUCUGGUGAAUUGCGGAUACCACUGUCCUCCUAACCAUCCAACCAUAGGUUGAUUCCAUGCUUUAGAUGUGGCUGGUAGUAAGAGGAAAGCUAAAAGGUUGGCGAUGGUUGAAGAGAUGUGGUCGACGGCGACCAGAGCAGAUAUCGUGGACAAUGACGAAAUCGGCUAGCCAAGGCGAGGAUCCAACAUAUCUGGAACCAGGACGCCCGAAGGAGCUUCGUGCUGCGCCUCCAGUCUUUGCUGGCCUCCGCGGGUGUCCGGGCGUGACCGCACAUCUCUGCUCGUCUGUGUUCGCCAUAGGUCCUUGCCCACGCUUCAUAGCUACCGCUGUCGGUAGAGCCCGAUUUAACAUUGGCCGGUGACUCACCGUCAAUCGCCAGUUUUCGAUCGAGGGGUGAAGAACUGCCUGAUCAAGUGAAUAGUCUGCAGAGAGAGGUCUUGGGAGCUGUAUUUAUGAUGGUAUUGGCUUAUUUACCGGAAAGGAUGGUAUUGGUUUUGUAUAGCUCAAAAACAAGGAAUAAUAGCUGGAAAUAUAGAAAUUUUGAAACACUUGCCAACGGUGGAUUUUUUUUUGACAACUACGCGCCUGCGCCGCUAGAAAGAGGUUUGCGCAAAUGCUCACUCAUGUGUGUGAAAGAGAUGGAAUUUUCUUUUAUUGUUCAACUCCAACCUUACUGUUUCGUUUAAUUCUUAUUGCUCCUACAAACUUAAUGUUAUUAGUAAUAACUCCUCCAAUGUAUGGACUAGUGUAAUUUGCAAAUUUCUGUGCAAUUUUAUAAGUCAAAAUUUAUGGUUCUUUUUCACAUCAGAAACACCUGUCUUUUAUAAUUCUACUCCUAUUAUAAUUUUUCAUAUAGAACCAUUUGGGAGCUUUGAAGCAUUUUUUGUAUGAGAGAGAGAGAGAGAGAGAGAGAGAGAGUAUCAAUCUAAGUGAUGUGAUGAAUGAGUCAUCUCAUUUGUACAACAUCAACUUCUACUUUAAUUAUAUUAAUUAGAGUUGCGGUAAUUUGUACUUGUUGUUACAUAUUAUGGUAUAGUGCAAACUCUUUGUAAUAUGUGUGAAAAUCUUCAAUUUUGGCUUUUCUCUUUCUUCCAAAUUAUUGCAGUCUUACUAUUUUUUAUUUCAUGUUAGACAGAAGUGAUACUACUCCAUGUACUAAAUCUACUACAAUAAGUUCUUUUUUGCUUUUCCUUUCUAGGAAAUUGUGUGGAUUUUCAUAUCAUAGUUAUAGUGCCUACUAGCAGGUAGUGCGCGGCGGCACGCCGCGCCACAUGGACUAAUUAGUUAUUUGUUUAUUUUUUAAUAUUUUGUAAGUGGUCCCAAGACUUUUUUUUGGCAAAGAUGGUACAUAGCAGAGAGAUCGUGAUGCAAUAGUGCAUACAAAAAAAUGGUUCGUCUAGUUAGAGUUUUUGUUCUUUUCUUAGACCUGAGAUGUUGAUCAUCUGGCUAGAUGGGUGGUUUUAAGUUUGUGGAUGCACAUCUCGGCUCUCGGUGGAUUGGCAAGAUAUAUCUUGAAAUUGAAGGCAAACUUUCUUGAGUAUCCUUAUUCGUCUUCAUUUGUCUCGUUGAAGGCUUGCCUUUUGUUGUUUUUGUAUUUGUAAUAACUCUUCUUUCUUGGUCCUUCUCCAUUCUUGGGCGGCCAAAUAGCUCUUAUACAUUGUCUUCAGAGCAUUGUAGUCGUAGUCGUUGAUGACUAUAUUGGGAAGAUUGCAUAGAUGGUGGACAACAUGCAAUGCCUGGCCACACGCCGCGCCAUAUGAAUUUAUAGGGUGUUCUUUUUUUUAGGUUUGGUAGUAGAAUUGAGUUGCAAUACAGAGAAGGGUAACAUGUGAUUUACAUUAUGUCUACUACAAUGCCGCUGAUUCAUGCUUCGGCGAUGUAAUAAGCGCGUGAGGACACGUACUCUCUCACCCAGCUAGCUAGCUACAUACGUGUGGCGCACCUGCUCCGCUCACCCUCGGCACGUGUCUUGCCAACAGUCAAACAGAGCAGAGGGAGGGGGAGAGAGGAGCAGAGGCAGAGGAAGGAGAUGAGAGGAGGUCAGUCGGCCAUGGAUAGCAGUGGUGCCAAGGCGGGCUACGCGCGCCACCACGACACCGCCACUCGAGGCCUUCAGCCGCACCGUCAAGCUGUACAACUUCGGCAUCGGCCUCGUCGCUGGCUUCCUCCUCGUCACCUGCGUCUACUUCUCCAACACCAAGUUUGACGCCAUCCACAUCGCCCCGCUCAUCGGCCCCUCCAAGAACCAGAUUGCCUCGCCGGUGGGCAUCGACGGCUCGAAGCACCAAUUAGAUUUGGGCGUGUCGGGGCAGGGCGCAACAUUGUCCAUGGAGGAAGCAAGGGCGAGGUGCUGGACACGGACGGUGAGGACGACAGAAGCAACCCCUCUUCGGCAUAAGGUGAGAUUGGUUGUGGCCAAGAUCUGCGAUGCGGCCUCCAAAUGCACCGCCAUCGACCUGAGUGACCUUCUCAACGCCUUCACCUAUGACAUUGUGUGUCAUGCUGUGUCUGGCAAGCUUUUCAGGGAACAAGGCCAUAACAAACUCUUCCGAGAGCUCGUCGAGGCCAACUCAUUACUCCUGGGCGGAUUCAACCUGGAGGACCACUUCCCCAUGUUAGUGAAGAUGGACAUCAUCAAGAGAAUGGUUUGCGCCAAGGCCCAGAAGGUGAACAAGAUGUGGGACAACCUGCUCAAUAAUAUCAUCGAUGAGCAUGCAAGCAAGUUGGUGCCAGAACACAACAGCGAAGACAGUGACUUCACCGAUGUGUUGCUUUCUAUCCAACAAGAGUACCAACUCACGAGAGACCAUAUUAAGGCUCAGUUAGAGAUCAUGUUUGAAGCUGGCACAGAUACAUCAUUCAUAGUGUUGGAAUAUGCGAUGGUCCGGCUCAUGCGGAAACCCCACCUCAUGAACAAGCUACAAGCUGAGGUGAGGAGCACUAUUACCAAGGGGAAAGAAAUGGUUACCGAAGACGAUCUCGAUAGUUUGGCCUACCUAAAGGCAGCCAUUAAAGAGACACUCCGACUCCAUAUGCCUGGGCCACUCCUCAUACCCCACCUCUCCAUGGCCGACUGCAACAUAAAGGGCUACACGAUACCAUCAGGAAUACGUGUCAUCAUCAAUAGUUGGGCUCUUGGAAGGGACCCUAGUAGUUGGGAGCAUGCAGAUGAGUUCAUGCCUGAGCGGUUUAUGGAAUGUGGUAGCGCCGCAAAUAUGGACUAUAAGGGAAAUGACUUCCAAUACUUGCCCUUUGGGGCCGGGUGAAGGAUUUGCCCAGGCAUGAACUAUGCGACUGUGAGCAUUGAAAUUAUGCUAGCGAAUCUCAUGUACCACUUCAACUGGAAGCUACCACUAGAGUUGAUAGAAGGUGGCAUCAGUAUGACCGAAUUAUUUGGGAUGACGGUGCGUCGGAAGGAGAAGCUCCUCCUCGUUCCCGUAGUGCCACAAGAUUAAUACAUCGGUCCAUUGUAUUGUGUGUGCGCAUUACAAUGUGUACCUACCAUAAUAGUAUCGUGAAUGUAGCCUUUGGACUUCUUAUUAAGCACCGCUGUAAUGAAUAACUGUUCGAUGAUAUUUUGUACGAAAUAAUACAAGUUAAUAUCUGUGCAUGGUAUAAACAAAUAAAG